CCUCUCAUGCAUGUUUUAACGAGACGUGCCAAAGCUGAGUUUUGUUUUGACACCCAGUUAAAAAUCAGCCUGCACAGCUCUGCUCAUGAAGCCUAAGCACUGGGCCGUGAAGGGGAUUUGGGAACUCCACUGUCAACUAUGUCAGUGUGCGACAAAGAGACAUGUCCUGAUGCAAGUGGCCCAACUGGGAACGCUGUGGUCUUCUCCAACCCGCUCAUGAGUGAUUAUGAGUCGGACUGGUCGCAAAUGCAUGAUGCAGCUUUCAAUGGAUACGUUCUCUCCCUUCGAAGGCUAAUUUCUCAGGGUUUUAGUGUGAAUCUCAACACUCUCGACCGGGUCUCUCCUCUCCUCACCGCCUGCACACAAGGACAUACAGCCUGUGCCAAACUUCUGCUGGAAAAUGGGGCAAACAUCAACAGUCGGACAGUGGAUGGACACACAGCCCUGGCAAUGGCAUGUGCCAGGGGUCAUGGGGCCUGUGUUUCUGUUUUGCUGCAGCAUGGAGCCUCUCCUACAGGGACCAGUCUGUCCAGCUCUCCAAUACACAGGGCUGCGGCUAAAGAUAACGUGGAGUGCAUAGAGCAACUUGUCCAGUUUGGCGCCGAUGUCGACCAGCACAUCGAGCAAUCAGGCUCUCCUCUUCAAACUGCUUGCAGGCAUCAGCAGCUCAACACUGUCAGAAAACUACUCCAACUCGGGGCUAAUGUAAACAGCAUGGUCAGCGGAGAGUCUCCUCUUCACACAGCGGUGCGCCUGUCCUGCCCGGAGAUAGUGUCCACACUGCUGGAGCACGGGGCGGAUCACAACCUCAGAGACCCACAAGGAAAACGGCCGCUGGACAUAGCCCCUCCCAACAGCCAGGUGGCGCAACUGCUAAAACAAGUAGGAGAGGAGUGCUCCUUGUUGAAGCUGUGCAGAGUGAUCAUCAGGAGAACUGUGGGCAAGAACAGACUGUCUGAAAUCCAUGACCUGCAAAUUCCUAAUGAACUCAAGCACUACCUCCUCCACCAAUCAGAGUCAAGACGGAUUAAAUCACAUUAACACAUGAGCUUCACUUUAAGGUCAAAAGGGGGCGCCCUUGUGCAGCUUUACAGACACUACACAGUAUUUAAUGUUUAUGUAGAGGCUGAAAUUAAAUUCCACCUUAUUUUACUUAAUUAAUAUACAUAUGGGCAUGACAUUACUACUGAUAAUGCUGAUGGAAACGUGACUGUGAAAUUUUCAAACAUUAUCAAUAUUUUUCAUUAUGUAUUGAUUAUGUAUUGUAUUGUAUUUUGGUUAUGGCACUUCUCAAAAAUAAAAACAGGUGAGUAUAGCUGCGACUUUCUACUCUGUUUAUUUUGUUUAAGUCUUGUUUCAGACUUUGUUUAAAGGUGCACUGUGUAACAUUUCUAAUGUGUCUAGAAUGUUCCGCAAUAUAAAUUAAACCUAAAUCAUAAGGGGGACAAGCAGUAUUACACUACA